UGUGUUGGCAACGUUGUUGCGGCGGCUGUUUCCGGCGGCCAUGGAUGCCUCCCCGCUGCAGGCCUUAAUUAAUUACUAUUGCCAAGAAGGCUACUUUCGGCAUGUCCAAACAGUUGCGAACGAGGGACUCAAGAUGUUCAGCAAUGACCCAGUAUUUGUUUUCUACCGGGCUUAUGGCAUGCUGAUGGAAGGAUUCACUCAGGAGGCUCUCUUGGAGUUUGAAUCUGUUAAAAACAAGGAAGAUGUAUCCCUUUGCACAAUGAUGGCGUUCAUCUAUGCUGAGAAAAAGAACCCAAAUCCAGAUCGAGAAGUGAUCGUGGAACUUGAUGCAAAACUGAGAGACCAUCGUAAGGUAGCAGGACAGCAGGCGCUGUAUUAUGCCGGCUUGUUCUUGUGGCAUCUUGGCCGGCAUGAGAAGGCACGCGAAUAUGUUGACAGAAUGAUCAAGAUCUCUAAUGGCAGCAGAGAGGGUUUCGUUUUGAAAGCGUGGAUUGAAGUCACAUGUGGGAAAGAAACGAGUGUUAAAAAAGCUGUGAAAUACUUUGAUGAAGGACUACAAAAUGGGAACGAUCUUUUUGCCCUGAUGGGUAAGGCACAAUAUUUUGAAGCACGCCAGAAUUACUCGGGAGCUUUGGAAACUGUGAAUCAAAUAAUAGCCAGCUUCCCUCACUUCCUCCCAGCUUUUAUAAAGAAAAUGAAAUUGCAGCUGGCUUUGCAAGACUGGGAACAAGCCACAGAAACAGCCCACAGAUUGUUGCAGAAAGAUGCUCUUAACUUGGAAGCUAUAAAGAUGGAGGCCUUACACUGUUUAUGCAGGGAAGGAAAUAUACCUGAGGCCUCCUCGAAGUUGGCAGAUUUAAUUAGUGCACUGGAGAAACUUGAACCACAUAAUCCUCAGCUCUUCUGCAAAACAGCAUUAGUUUUCAGCAGAACAUGUGGGCGCAACCAGCGCAUCCUUCAGCAAACUCAAACUUUGGUGGAAAGAGCUUUCAGCUUGGCUGCUAACAAUGCAGAUAUUGCUACAGAACUGGGUUACCAGAUUAUCUUACAAGGGAAAUCAAAAGAGGCUGAAAAAUGGUACAAAACCGCUAUGGCUCUUGAUGAGAUGAGUGUUCCUGCAUUGACCGGGAUUAUCCGAUGCCAGCUAAUGGAAGGGAAGUUAGAUGAUGUGGAACAGCAGUUGGAGUUCCUGAAUGAGAUCCAGCAAUCUAUUGGGAAAUCAGCAGAACUGUCUUAUCUGCGGGCAGUUUUGGCUAUGAAGAGGCAUAAAAGACAAGAAGAAGUUAUUAGCUUGUUGAAUGAUGUACUUGAUGCCCAUUUUUCGUCUUUACAAGGCUUACCUCUUGGUGUAGAAUAUUUUGAGAAAUUAAAUCCUGACUUUUUGCUUGAAAUAAUUAAGGAGUACCUUAAUUUUUGCCCAACACAGCCUGCAAGUCCAGGUCAGCCACCUUCUCCACUUCUCAGACCUUGUGCUUCCGUCCUUGAAACCGUGGUGAAAACUGUUCCAGGUCUCCUCCAAGCUGCCUACUUAGCGGCGAAGGUGAAAUACUUGGCAGGGCAUUCUGAAGCAUCCCAGAGUAUCCUGCAGCAUUGUCUUGAGCGGAAUCCUGCGGAUGCAGAGUCGCACCUUCUCAUGGCUCAGGUUUACUUGUCGCAAAACAACUUCAAACUCUGCUCUCAGUCUCUGGAACUCUGCCUAAGCUACAAUUUUGAAGUUAGGGAACAUCCUCUGUACCAUUUAAUAAAAGCUCAAGCCCAGAAAAAGAUGGGAGAAAUAGGAGAAGCCAUCAAAACCUUACAGAUGGCGAUGAAUUUACCUGGAAUGAGAAGAGUUGCUGCUUCGUCAAAAUCAAAUCUGACUAGAGUUGAAAUUGAUACAAGUGACCGUGUGUCCAUCUACCUAGAGCUGGUCGACGCUCACCGCUUGAAUGGUGAACAGCAUGAAGCUGUUAAAGUUCUGCAAGAUGCUAUCACCGAAUUUUCCGGCACCCCUGAAGAACUGAGAGUUACAAUUGCUAAUGCAGACCUCGCUCUCAUGCAAGGAGAUGUGGAAGAAGCUCUGACGAUGCUCCGAAACGUAACAGUGGACCAGCCUUAUUUUGUCCAAGCCAAAGGAAAAAUGGCAGAAAUUUAUUUGGAGUUCCGAAAAGACAAGAAGCUGUAUGCGAGCUGUUAUCGAGACCUGGUGGACAAGCUGCCAAGUUCUCACACCUUUCUUCUUCUCGGUGAUGCAUACAUGAAUAUCCAGGAGCCCGAAGCAGCUAUAGAGGUUUAUGAACAGGCUUUGAAGAAGAACCCUAGGGACGGAGCAUUGGCUACUAAAAUAGGGAAAGCUCUAGUCAAUACUCAUAACUAUUCCAAGGCAAUCAAUUAUUAUGAAGCUGCUAUAAAAACUGGUCAACAAACUUUCCUCUGCUAUGACCUGGCUGAGCUGUUGCUGAAGUUGAAGCAGUUUGACAAAGCAGAAAAAGUACUUCGGCAAGUUUUAGAACAUGAGCCUGUGAAUGAUUUGUCUUCUCUGAUGGAAGAUGCCCGCUUCCAGGUUCUCCUUGCCAAGAUUUAUAGCAAAAUGGAUAGGACGGAGGAUGCUGUUGUUUCAUUGCAACAGGCUCGGGAAUUGCAGGCCAGAGUCCUCAAACGGAUUCAGAUCGAGCAGCUGGAUGCGGUUCCAGCGCAGAAGCAGCUAGCAGCUGAAAUUUGUGCAGAGAUAGCAAAGCAUUCAGCAGUCCAGCGGAACUAUGAAAAAGCAAUUAAGUUUUACAAAGAAGCUCUUGUUCACUGUGAAACGGACAGCAAGGUGAUGCUAGAGCUUGCACGUUUGUACCUCGCGCAUGAUGAUGUGGAAGCGUGCCAACGUCAGUGUACUCUAUUGCUGAAGAAUGAGCAAGAUAAUGUGGCCGCUUCUAUGAUGAUGGCUGACCUUAUGUUCAGGAAACAGGACUAUGAACAAGCAGUCUUUCACUUCCAGCAGCUUUUGGAUCGCAACCCCGAUAAUUAUUCGACACUGUCACGGUUAAUUGACCUUUUAAGAAGAGCUGGAAAGCUAGAAGAAGUUCCAAGAUUCCUUACAAUGGCUGAGAAACAUUCCCCUAGAACAAAACUUGAUCCGGGUUUUCAGUAUUGCAAAGGACUGUAUCUUUGGUACACGGGUGAGCCAAAUGAUGCCCUUCGACAUUUUAACAAAGCACGGAAGGACAGCGAUUGGGGGCAGAAUGCCAUUUAUAACAUGAUUGAAAUCUGCUUGAACCCGGACAAUGAAACAGUAGGAGGUGAAGUGUUUGAAAACCUGGAUGGUGAUGCGGACAAUUCCACAGAGAAACAAGAGUCUGUGCAGCUGGCUGUGAGAACAGCAGAAAAGCUCUUAAAAGAACUGAAACCCCAGACUCCUCAAGGUCAUGUGCAGCUUCGCAUCAUGGAAAAUUACUGUCUUAUGGCAACCAAACAGAAGUCAAAUGUCGAGCGAGCACUGAACACCUUCACGGAAAUAGUGGUUGCUGAGAAGGAUCAUGUCCCUGCCCUUUUGGGAAUGGCCACAGCUUACAUGAUCUUGAAACAAACUCCACGGGCCAGAAACCAGCUGAAGCGCAUUUCAAAAAUGAACUGGAAUCCCAUUGAUGCCGAAGAGUUUGAGAAAAGUUGGCUCCUGCUUGCUGAUAUUUACAUUCAGUCUGGAAAGUACGACAUGGCUGGUGAAUUAUUAAAGCGGUGCCUUCGUCACAACAGGUCCUGCUGCAAAGCUUAUGAAUAUAUGGGGUACAUAAUGGAGAAGGAACAAGCGUACAAGGAUGCAGCGGCAAACUAUGAGAUGGCCUGGAAAUAUGGAAACCAAACAAGUCCAGCAAUAGGCUUCAAGCUGGCAUUUAAUUACCUCAAGGCAAAAAGAUACGUUGACGCAAUCAACAUUUGUCAUAAGGUUUUAGCGGCACAUCCAAAUUACCCCAAGAUCAAAAAAGAAAUACUCGAUAAGGCUCGUAUGUCAUUGAGGACGUGAACAUUAUCGUGUGCGUGUAUUUUAACUAGAAGUCUCUGCAGAAAGAGGACCCAUUAAACAUCUGUGUGGUUGCGGAUGAGACGCGCUCAAUUAGUUUCCUAUGGGAAAAAACUUAAGAAACUCGGUUUAGAUUUCUCUCUCUUCUGCUCGAGGAAGCUUUAGUGUUUGGGGGUUCAAUAAACCCCAAAGAGAAUCGGUGCCUGUUCCCAUCCACCUGUAGGUAUUGGCAGCCAUCCAGAUAAAUUACUUCCAUGUCAAGGCAUGAGCAGUAGAGGCGGAACAUUCUUUGAAGGUUCCUCUGUGGCAGGGAAGCCUUCAAAGAAAGCUCCAGCUGCACACACCCAAGUUCCUUUAUUAUCACAUGAGUGAUUUACGUCACUUGCUGCUUUUGCUUCAUAAAAGAAUCCCUCACAGGCAUGAAAGCGGGGAAGGGGAUCCUCACAGGCAUGGAGGGGGGGAUUACUCAGAGGCAUCAAGUGGGGGAGCCUAUUAAAAUGCCAUCACUGUUGGGUUGGUUUUAACUGACUACUUUCACUUUCUAAAAUGUGUUUUUUCUUUGCUGGAAAACUUCUAAAUCAAAUUUAAAAUCCAGUCAUUUUUUUUAGUAACUUGUCCCUUAACUAAUGACUAAUUUUUGUUUGUUUGUAGUAUGCAAGCCAUUGCAUGAAUAAAACUUCUGUAGUUCCAUUGA